AAACCCUUAAACCCACAACACAUGGAAUAGUCAACACACUCGUGUUGCUCUCGACCAUACUAUUAUCUGAAUAUCAAGGGGAAUAGAAAUUUAGGACAAUACAGAAUCAUUGGUUCAAAAUGGCAGAAGCAAAGAAAGCUGAAGCAGAGCAAAGGAUGCAAGAACUGAAGAAGAAAAUUGAUGAUGAUCUUGAGAGAUACAUUGCAGAUGUGAUUGCCAAGAACAAGGAAAAUCCUACUGAAGAAAUAGAGGAGACGGAAGAAGAAUGGGAAGAAAGAUUAGAUAAGCUGAUGAGACAUCCAGCAUUUGCGAAGGAAGUUGAUUUCAGUCAACCACUCCACCCUGCCAUGGAAGGGCUGAUGAGGCUGAAGUAUGAGGAUGAAGACCCAACAGCCAGAGCUGAGUCAUUCAAAGAAGAUGGAAAUGUAGAAUUUAAGAAAAAGCGAUAUGACAUUGCCAUUGACAAUUAUACAGAGGGUAUAAAAUGUGAAUGUCCAGACCGGCAGCUUAAUGCAGUACUUUAUAGUAACAGAGCAGCUGCUCAGUCCUUCAGAGGUAACUACAAAUCUGCGUUACACGACUGUAUAUUUGCCAGAAAGUUCAACUCAACACAUAUGAAAGCUAUUGUAAAAGGUGCUCAGUGUUGUAUGGAAAUGAAACGAUACAAUGAGGUUGGCAGGUGGUGUUUUGCUGGAUUGCUGGUGGAACCGAAGAAUGAGAAACUUUUGGAAAUGAAGCAAAAAGCAGAUAAGUUACUGAAAAAACAAGAAAGAGACAAACGGAAGGAAGAUGCCAAAGAAAGAAAAGAACAAGCGGAAGAAAUGAACCUUAUCAAAGAAAUUCAGAGUCGAGGCAUCCAAAUGGCAGGUUUGAAGUUGACAGACAGUAAAAUACAUCCAAGUCUCCUUACCAAUCUGGAAUUACCCAACUCAGGGAAUGCCAAAGUCCAUAUUGAUACAGACAACAAACUUGUGUGGCCAGUCCUCUUCAUGUAUCCCGAACACCAACAGACUGACUACAUUGAAGCUUUUAAAGAGGAUGACAGAUUCAUAGACCAUAUACAAAACAUGUUUGGACCUCAUGUUGAACCAGCACCCUGGGACACGGAGAGAAAGUACAUCCAAGAAAAUAUACAGGUAUAUUUUGAGGAUAAAGAAAAAGAGACACUUUAUGAUGUUGACAGCAGUUCUACCUUGCACCAUGUAUUGUCAAAUGAAAGGUAUACAGUACAGUUUGGAACACCAAGUUUUAUUUUGCUGAUCAAAGGAUCACAAUGUCAGUGCAACUUUCUUAAACCUUACAAAAGUUUAAAAUCAGCAUCAUGAAUAAAGUGAUUUUAACAUUU